AUGGAUGUGGAAAGCGCGGAGUGUUGGAGGGCCGGAGGAGAGAGGAUGGUGGCCGAGGAAGGAAAGACGAGGGCGACUGACUUCUCGAUCGCGGCGAUCAUGGCCCGCAGCGGCGCCGAGCCGCGCAGCCCCGUCGCGCAAACACCGCCACACACCGGUUCGGUAUCCAGGCAAAGUUCACCGGCAUCGCUCAGCUCUCCAGCGUCGAGCUGCCGGUCCCCCUUGCCGGACGAAGAUGUGGAGGUUGACGUGGAACAGUGUUCUGAUGGAGAGCGAGACGCCUCCGACCACGCUGUGCCUUCACCUGCGCCAUCUUCUGAACUAGGCGAGAGGGACACGCCUUCACCAGCGAGGCCGCUACCUCCAGCUACCUCUUGCAACUGCGAGGAGUUACUCUCCGUAGACUGUCAGCUGGAAACUAAGGAAUUAUGGGACAAGUUCCAUGACCUUGGCACCGAGAUGAUCAUCACUAAGAGUGGGAGACGCAUGUUCCCGACGGUGCGCGUGUCGUUCGCGGGGUGCCGCGCGGAUGCGCGCUACGCCGUGCUGCUGGACGUGGUGCCGGUGGACGGCAAGCGGUACCGCUACGCGUACCACCGCUCCUCCUGGCUCGUGGCCGGCAAGGCGGACCCGCCCGCGCCCGCGCGCCUCUACCCGCACCCCGACUCGCCCUUCUCCGGCGACCAGCUGCGGAAGCAGGUCGUCUCCUUCGAGAAGGUCAAGCUCACCAAUAACGAGAUGGACAAGAACGGACAGAUCGUCCUGAACUCGAUGCAUCGAUAUCAACCCCGGAUCCAUCUCGUCAAAGUUCGUGAAGGAGGUGGUCCUAUCACGGACCUUUCGAGGGAACAACAUCGCACCUUCGUCUUCCCGGAGACAGUGUUCACUGCUGUAACCGCCUACCAGAACCAACUCAUCACAAAGCUCAAAAUAGACUCUAAUCCUUUUGCCAAAGGAUUCAGAGACUCAUCGCGGCUGACGGAUUUUGAUAGAGACCCGAUGGAGCUGAUGUUAAUGGAGCAGCAGUUGUUGCGCUCUCCGUUGCGGCUGUACGCAGGCGGCGCGGAGGAGGAGGCAGAGAAACGAGCUGCUUGGGCGCGUUCACCUGCAGCGCUGCAGCUUCUGGCGCUGGGAGGCCGCGCUUGGCCUGCCACCUGGCCGCAGCCUCUAGCACUACCUCACGACCUGUGGCUGCAGAAGCCACCCACGCCACUGCGCUACUGCCCCUACCCGCCCCCAGCGCACCCAAACGCUCCCCCUCAGCCUCGUCCGCAGCACUCGCCAUCACCCAGACAUCCACUGUGA